CGACUACAGUCAAGAUGACAGACAACAAGCAACUGAAGUCAACUGAAGAAAGUUUGAACAAAGAGAUGUUUACGGCUCUGUCCCGCCAACCCUGUGAACAAACAGGCUUCCGGGUCCUGUACAAAAUGCCAACCAUUGUUGCUUUCGUUUUUCUGCUUUUAAGCAUAGCUGUUAUAGUUGCUAUUACUCUUGUCCAGCUGAAUCAAAAAGCUGUCCUUUCGCCAGGUCUGAAGUAUGGAAUAGUACUUGAUGCCGGGUCGUCUCGGACAACAGUAUACAUAUACGAGUGGCCAGCAGAAAAAGAAAACAACACCGGAGUAGUCAGUCAGACCUUCAAGUGCAAUGUGAAAGGUCCUGGGAUAUCCAGCUAUGGGAGUAACCCUCAAGAAAUUGCUAAGCCCAUUAAUGACUGUAUGGAUAAAGUCAAGGAAAAAAUUCCAUUUCACUUGCAUAGGCACACACCUGUCUACCUGGGAGCCACCGCUGGCAUGAGACUUCUGAGGUUGCAAAAUGAAACAGCAGCCAGUGAAGUCCUUGAGAGCAUUCAAAACUACUUCACAUCCCAGCCCUUUGACUUUAGGGGUGCUCAAAUCAUAACUGGGCAAGAGGAAGGGGUGUAUGGAUGGAUUACAGCCAACUAUUUAAUGGGCAAUUUCUUGGAGAAAAACAUUUGGCGCGCCUGGGUCCGUCCUGAAGGAGCAGAGACGACAGGAGCCCUCGAUUUAGGAGGGGCCUCCACUCAAAUAUCAUUCAUCCCUGAAGGAACUGCUGAGAAUUCUAACAGCACGCUAAAUUUCCAGCUAUACGGUUACGAUUAUAGCGUAUACACCCACAGCUACCAAUGUUAUGGGCGAGAUGAAGCAGAGAAACAAAUGUUAGCAUCGGCGUUACAGAAUUCAGGCAGUAAAUCCAGGAUCAACAAUCCGUGUUAUCCUCGGAAUUAUGAAACUGUUUUAACGAUGAAGCACUUAUUCGGAAGCCGUUGCACCGAAUUUCUAAGACCCGAGAAUUACAAUCCAAGCCAUCCUGUAACGGUCAUGGGAACGGGGGAUCCAGCUCUCUGCAUGGAGGCCGUGUCUACAUUGUUUGAUUCGACAGCUUGCAAAGACAGAGAAGACUGUUCAUUUAAUGGCGUCUACCAGCCAAAAGUGAAAGGGAAGUUUGUGGCCUUUUCAGGAUUCUAUUAUACAGCCAAUGCUCUGAAUUUAUCUGGAGAAUUUUCACUGAAUGACUUCAACUCAAGCCUCUGGUCUUUCUGUGCAAAGAAUUGGGUCCAGCUUCCAUAUAUGCUGCCUAAGUUUGAGGAAACAUACGCAAGAUCUUACUGCUUUUCAGCAAACUACAUCUAUUACCUGCUUGUACAUGGGUAUAAAUUUAAUGCAGAUACUUGGCCUCAGAUCCACUUUCAGAAGGAAGUGGGGAACAGUAGCAUUGCCUGGUCCCUGGGCUACAUGCUUAGCCUCACCAACAUGAUUCCAGCCGAGAGUGAUCGGGUCUGGUUGCCCGUGAAUCCCUCUCUGUUUGCCGGACUUCUACUCUUCUUCACAGCAGUGGCAUUACUGUGUCUCAUCUUCCUCGUGUACUCAUGUGUUGUGUCACGCAUGCACAAGAACACCUGCCAUGUUGAACAUGUAUUCGCUGUAGAAUAAAACUAGCUCCUAACGAA